AUGGAAUUGAUAAUGGAGUAUUGGGGAUACUCCAACCGAAUACAAGGAGGAAAACUUCUACCUCUCAAGACUAGGGCUGUUAGUGGGAGGAUGAUACUCAGAACCGGUCCGAAAAUCGGACCACCAGAGCCAGUUAAAUGGCCCGGCCCGGCCGAAAAGGAUUCUUCUGAGACUCCCAACAUGGCUGAUCUGAUAGAUAUCAGCUUGUUGCUUGAUGGGGCAGAGGAGACAAUGGAUGGAGGCAAUUUAGAGAUUGGUGAGAUGACUGACUUGGGAAUUCCAGACCCAGUACCAAUCCCAAAUGAUGUUACAACUGAGACUACAUCCACUACCCAAAAUACAAGUACCACUCAAAACACAACAACUGUUGUUGAGCCAACACCUCCAGUUGACCCAACUCAGAGUUCUCAGAGCCAAAUCAAUGCUUUUGGUAAAGCUCCUCGUCCCAAAAAGUCUGCUGUUCAUACUGAGAUGGUUCUUGUUGAGAUUCCAGAUGGUGCCAAGAAGUGGAAAUGCAAAUGGUGUGGUAAGCUUUAUACUUAUGACACUAAAUGGAAAAGCACUUCUAAUGGUAAAAAACACUUAGAAAAUUGCAUCCAAAGGAAGCUGAGGAUGAGAGGUAAUACUCACAAGGAGGUGGCACAGUCUAGGUUAAGUGUAGGUUCUGAUAGUACUCCUAGUUUGGAAACCUGGACAUAUAACCAUGCUAGGGUUAGAGAGGUUGCAGCUCAUAUGAUUCUAGGGCAUGAAUUUCCUUUUUAUGUUAUGGAAGGUGUGAUUUUUAAUGAAUUCCUUAAAGAGAUUUAUCCUUGGUACAAAAAUAUUAGUAGACAUCAGGUUAAGUUGGAUUGUGAAACAUUUUAUGAAGCUGAGAGAGUUAAAAUGAAAAGGUCAAUGUCACAGAUUAACAGGAUCAGUCUUACAACUGACCUGUGGUGGUCUGGUGAACAAAUAAUUGGUUAUACGACUGUGACUGGCCAUUUCAUUGAUUCAAAAUGGCAACUUCAUAAAAGAGUUUUAUCUUUUAAGAAUGUUCCUCCACCACAUUCUGGUGAAGUUUUAUGUAGGGAAUUGAUUAAGAUGAUGGAUGAUUGGGGUAUAAGAGAUAAAGUUGUUUCUUUUUCAGUUGACAAUGCUAGUGCCAAUGAUAAUUGUAUUUCUAGAUUGAAGAGAGAUUUUUUUGGUAGGAGAAAUCUUCCACUGGAUGGAAAAUUGUUUCAUGUUAGAUGUUGUGCACACAUCUUAAAUUUGUUGGUUCAGGAUGGGCUUGAUAUGAUAAAGGUGAUUGUGGAUAAAGUUAGGAAUGGUGUCAAAUAUUUGUUGAAUUCUGAAACAAGGUGCAAAGAAUUCAAGAAAAUUGUUGAUGAGUUGCAACUUGAGGGCAGGUUGCAAGUAUUGGAUACUAAGACCAGAUGGAACUCAACUUGGUUGAUGUUGUCCACAGCUUACCAUUACAGAGAAGUAUGGCCUAGAUAUGCUGAAGAAAAUGGAGCAUUUCUUAAUUUUUUGCCUGAUGCAAAUGAUUGGGAAGAUGUUCAUGAUAUUUGCAAGUUUGUGGAAGUCUUUGCCGAUGUGACAGGAAUUAUUAGUGGUACAUCUUACCCUACUGCUAAUUUGUUUUUGGCUGAGCUUUUCAGGGUGAAGGUUUUACUUGAUAACCCCUCUGAAAUCUCAAACAAUCCUCAAUUACAGGCCCUUGCUAAUGAGAUGAAGUUGAAGUAUGACAAGUAUUGGGCAGAGUCUAAUACAUUGAUUUCUAUUGGUGCAAUUCUUGAUCCAAGGUAUAAAAUGAUCUUCAUCAAAUGGGUAUAUCCCUUCUUGUAUCAAAAUGCUACUCAAGCAGCUUCCUAUGAACAAGAGUUGGCAACCAACUUACACACUCUAUUCCAAUUAUAUCAAGAUACCUUUGGAGUUAAUGAUGCCCCUAUUUCUGAAACUCUUGAAGUAGGAAGUAGUUCUGGAUUAGGAAAGAGAAGUUUUGAGAGGUUUUUAGAAACUGUGGUUGGUAGUUCUAAUACAAAAUCAGAUCUUGACUUGUAUCUUGAGGAGUCUCCAUUGAAGGUUCCCCCAAACACCAAUUUUGAUGUUUUAACUUGGUGGGUGGCAAAUGAGGCCAAGUAUCCUGUUCUUAGUAGAUUAGCAAAAGAUAUACUAACUGUUCCAGUUACAACAGUUGCUUCAGAAGCAACUUUUAGUGCUGGUAAAAGGAUUAUUGAUCCAAAACGAGCUUCAAUGAAAACUAAGACCGUAGAAAUGGUGCUUUGUGGGGGUGAUUGGGCCAAGGAGAGGUACGAGAUUAAAAAGGGAUGCACUUCAAGUAUUUUUGAGGAACCUCAAGAUGACCCUCUUACAUAUGAUUUUGGUCAGCAAUAG